GCACGUUGCGCUUGCGCGGUAGUGGGGCUGCGUUUGGCGGAGGUCUUUGUGCACCUGCGCAGUGUGAUUUAGGCGGGACUUGGUACGCCUGCACCGCGUAGAAGUUUGUGGUUGGGGCUAAGACGCCUGCGCGGUUGUUCAGGCUUGUACGGUGUCUGCGUCUGUUGCUUGCGUUGUCUGGUUCAUUCCCUUAGGGGGCCUGCAUCUCUGGGGAAGCUUGUUUCCUGGGGCCGGAAGCCCGUGUGGAUGGAUACUGCUUUCUGCAAGAAUCGGAGCGGGGUGUGAAUCCCGUCCCUGCUACCUCGUAGCCGUGUGUCUUUGGCAAAUUCAUGAAGAUCAUUGUUGAGAAGAAAGAAGUGCACCAAGCAAACAGCUGUCUUGUGGGUUAGAUGUCAAAAGCCAAUCUUUCUGACAAUAAGAUGUCAGCGACAUGUUCCCUCUCAGAAGAACUCAUGGCCUUGCUCCCCCAGACCAAAGAGAGCUUCAAGUUAGACUUCAGUGAGAAGGUUGAAAAAAGUGUAGUGAUAUUACUUCAUCAAGCUCGAGAGCUUUUCUAUGAAGGAAAAAUGAAUGAAUGUCUGAAGACCAGUGAAACAAUAAGAGAUUACUCCUGGGAAAAACUUAAUACUGGAACUUGGAGGGAUGUGGACAAAGAAUGGCGACGAGUUUAUUCUUAUGGGUGUCUUUUAAAAGUUCUUUGUAUGUGCUUUAAAACUGAUGACAUAGGAGAAGCAAUCAGAGUCUGUGACAUGGGUCUGUUGAUGGGAGCAUCCAUACUGGAGGACAUUCUGGUUAAAGUAGUCAAUGUCCUUCAGAAGCAUCUUCAACAUGGGAAAAGACCUGAAACCAAGAUUGAAGAACUGAGCAAAAAGAAAACCAAAAGUGACCAUACAUUGGCUCCAGCUGUGAAAUUAGGAACUGCAGUUCCAAUACUACAAUGCCCUUCACUUGAGUUUUUUAGGAAAAAUUAUUUGGUUCCACAAAAGCCUGUUAUUCUGGAGGGGAUUGCUAACCACUGGCCAUGCAUGAAGAAAUGGAGUGUGGAUUAUAUUCAAGAAAUAGCUGGCUGUCGUACUGUCCCAGUGGAAGUAGGGUCCAAGUACACUGAUGAAGAAUGGUCUCAAAGGCUCAUGACUGUCAAUGAAUUUAUCAGCAAAUAUAUUAUGAAUAAGCAGAAUGACAUCGGCUACCUUGCUCAGCACCAAUUAUUUGAUCAGAUUCCAGAACUGAAGCAAGAUAUUUGUAUACCAGAUUACUGCUGUCUAGGCAGUGGUGAAGAAGACGACAUAACUAUUAAUGCCUGGUUUGGUCCAGCAGGAACCAUCUCUCCUCUUCACCAAGAUCCACAGCAGAAUUUUUUAGCCCAGGUACUUGGAAGAAAAUACAUCCAGUUGUACUCUCCAGAAGAAUCAGAGUCUUUAUAUCCACAUGAAACACAACUCCUUCACAAUACAAGCCAGGUGGAUGUGGAAAAUCCCAAUUUAAUUAAAUUCCCCAAAUUUACUGAGGCCUCAUAUCAGUCAUGUAUUUUGAAUCCUGGACAGAUUCUGUUUAUUCCCGUUAAGUAUUGGCACUAUGUGCGAGCUCUGGAUAUCAGCUUCUCUGUCAGCUUCUGGUGGUCAUAACCAUUAUUAGAAGAGGAAUUAAAAACACCUAUAAUGCAAACAGCAUGGUCUUUUCCUGAAGGGAGAGUGAUACUGUAAUCUAAGGUCAAUAAAUUUGUCCUUGCGUGUGGCAUCA